GACUUUUUUUCAAACUUUGACUCCUCUCUGAACGAGGAUGAGUGGGAGCGCCGAGGACGUCGUGCCGGUGAGCUGCACCAUCAAACCUCCCGUCUACCUGCAGAUCGGCGACGGCAAAGCAGACACGGCUCACUCUGGCGUCUGCGUCGUCGACGUCAACCUGCCCUUCGGAAAACCCGUCAACAUUGAGGAGAUCACCUUUAAGAACUACUACACGGCCUACGUGACGGUGCGCCUGCUGAGGAGGAGCCCCGGUCAGGAGGCGCCGGCCAAGUGGUGCACGGCCCUCAGAGACCUGCCGCUGAUGGACAACCCCCACACCGAGGGGGGCUCCCAAGACUACUACUCCAUCCACAGGACUCAGAUGCAGGCGGAGGCGGACCACGUCGUGUCGGUGAGGCUGAUCCUGAGGCAGCCGUCCUCCGCCUGGCUCACCUUCAGCCUGGAGGACGUCAAGAUCUUCCCUCACCUGGAGCCGGACCCAGAGAAGGAGGUUUCUGAUUGGCUGUCAGACCUGACUCUGGUCGACCAACACCCGGACCUGGAGGGCCUCCCAGACCCGCAGACGGUGUCGUCUAGCAUCCAGCAGAUGUGGGCUCUGACGGAGGUGAUGCAGACCAACCAGACCACGGCCUCCAUCGGACGCUUCGACGUGGACGGAUGCUACGACAUCAACUUGCUCUCCUUGACGUAAAACCGUUCGUGGACGAACUGUCCGAGGGAGCAACGGUGAAGAAACUCCCAUCGCUUUGGAACAAAACAGCUGCUGGGAAGGAGAAGCUACUGUGAAUGUGGACUCGUAAUGCUGCAGAUCAAGUGUGAUAAUAUUGUUUAUUCAUACGGCAUGCAGGCGACGCAGCAGGUUUUUUAAAAUUUAAUUUAGUCGAAUGUCGCUGUUGAACUCAUUGUUUAGUCUCCCUUUGACUGUGAAUCCGACAAACACGACAUGUGCUUCGGUUUUAUUAAAUCCUCAGAUAAGACCUUCAAAAUGUAAAAAAAAACAAAGGUAGAAAUGCUGCAUGUUGAACACUUGGUGGCAGCAGAGCACCAUUAAAAAAAAAAAAGUGCCGCUAACUUCACUUUGAGUGCUGGUAAAUUUAGGUUGAAGACCUUCAGAGGACACGUUUUUUUUGGGAAGAGUGUUGAGAUUCCACAUUUAAUAUUUGGGUUAAGGUCUGGUUUUUAAAGGAAUUAGGGUCUGGAGCUAAUAAAAGCAUCGUGUCAGCGAGGAGCCGAGAUGGAAAAGUUCGACGCUGACGAGGUUCGAUGCACUUGACACGAGUAUUACAGAUUCACGUUACUAAUGCAUUAAUGAUUAUAGGAUGACGCGACACAUAACAUGAAGUAGAAGUAGCAGCACUGCAGGACAACAACCCUCCACUGGAAGUAAAAAUACAAAUAUACAAACUUAAACUACAUUAUUAAGUAAUAAUGGUUUAUUAUUGCUUUUAUCUUGCAGCUAAUUUAAUUAGCUUACGUCCUGCUGUGUCGCUUAAUCUGCAGUAAUAUGGCUUCAUAGUUUGUGUUAUUUAUUAUUAAUCUGUUUGCAGCUUCUCAGACUUCAGCGUUUUUCCAGCUAUUCAGAUUCUGGACAUCUCGGUGGACUCUGACACGACAGGCUUUUUUUUUUUCCCCCCACUUUUUUUUAUUGUCAUUUUAUGCUGAAAAAUAAUGAAAAUAUUCUCCAGCGGCGGCCCUAAUAUGAUAUGUAUUAUUCAGAAAUGAGUCAUCCGGCAUAAUCAGUGCUUUCUGCCUUUGCUAUUUUCAGUCUGUUUGCACGUCCACCGUGUGACUGCAGGACUCCGACAGAAGCCGAGCGACGUGGACUCUGUGUGUGCAUCUUGUUGCCAAACAUGAAUAAAAACUAAUUCUCUGCUUUC